CAAGAACCAGAGAGCAAAGGAGAUAGGAGAGUAGCAGAGCAUUUGUGUGAGUGAAAAAAGUAGUAGGACGGAGAGUUUAGAAAGGUUAUAUGUACCACUGAAAAUAUGUAUCACCAGAGUCUUGAUCCAGCAGCAAGAGAACAAAACCAGUCAGUUCACAAAGAUGAACAUAAUCCACGUGCUGCUCUGGAAAGGCAACUGACAGACAGUGAGUGGAGCAUGAAUCCAGUAAGAAAGAGAAUCUCAUCUGGGAGACACCAGGAGGAUUCCCAACUCAGGAGACCACAACAUGCAAGCACGUCUCAACAUGGGCAACAGAUGAGAGGAUCCAACAGGCAUGAGGAAUCCAGCCCAGUUCCUUUUGAUGUGCAGCCAUUGUACGAAGAACACCAUCACCAGCUGAAAUGCUGUGUGUGCUUUGAGGAAGCAGUUGAUCCAAAAACUAAUACCUGUGGACAUACCUUCUGUAGCACCUGCCACUCACAACACUGGCGUGGCCACAAGACAUCUAUAUUCAUCUGUCCAAUCUGCCUGAUGCAAGGGUCUUAUACAAAUACUGACUGUUCAUUUCCCUUGCCAUGUAUAUGGGAGUCACCGCUGCUCUUUGCAGAUCAUGCUGGUAAUAUCAAGUUAAACAUGGCUGUGGUGGAGAACUAUUUCAUGAGUGAGACCAUCAGAGAUAUUCCAGUCUAUCUGCUGUGUGUGGUUGGGGAAAAGCGCACAGGCAAAUCUUUCCUGAUGAACUACAUCAUACGUGCCCUACGAAACCAGGCAGAGGGGACAGAAUUCAGUCUUGGGAAAGAAAAUGAAACCCUAAAAGGCUUUGAAUUGAAAUCUGGAGUUUCCGGUACCACAAAGGGUGUAUGGAUUUGGAGGGAGCCUUUUAUUGUGGAAAGAGAUGGAAAGAAGAUGGCAUUGUUUCUCCUGGACUCUGAGGAAUUAAUGGACAUUGAGAAAGACAGAAAUACUAGUAUCAAGUUGUUUUCAUCAGCCAUGCUACUCAGUACCCAUGUUAUCUAUAAUGUGAGUAAAAGAAUAGAUGAGAAAGAAGUGGAGAUAUAUUUGCAUGAAGCUGCACAAGGACCAACACAGAAUAAAAAGUAUCUGGAUAUUGUGGUCCGGGACUGGCAGGAUUAUGAAGACUGUAGAAGUGAAACUGCCGAAUUGUACUUGAAAAAACAAGCAGAGACCCUAAAGAAGCGGAACAGCACAGUUCUAAACCCCCUGGAAAAUCCCAAUACCAAAUGUUUCCUGAUGCCACAUCCUGGAAAAGAGAUUGGUAAUAGUGACAAAGGAAGGCUUAAAGAUAUGGAUAAAGACUUUCGUGACUGUCUGACAAGUUAUAUAAAAGAUUUGUUGGAAAGACCCAAAUUCCCAGCCAUGACUGGGGCUCAAAUGGCAGAGAUGAUGAAGGGGACAAUAGGUCAUUUUCAGAGCCUAAAAUAUAACUUCUCUAGCCCACAAGAGAUGUCUUAUUAUAUUCACAACCAUGGAGAGAUGCAAAAAACAUGUACAGAGUUUAAGCAGUUUCUCCUGAGUUUGUCCUCCUUACAGCUGCCAGAAACUAUGUGGGAAUGUAUUUCUGAAAAGUCCCUGAAACUUGUGAAGCAAUUUGAGCAGUCGUUCAGAGGCAACAACGUCACAAUACGCACAGACCUGGUAGAGCAACUGAGGACCACGUUGAAGGAGGAAGGGGAGAAGUUCAACUCAGACUACAAACAGAAGGAGAUAACAUAUGCCAGCUCUGCCUCUACAUUUGGGAAUACAGCAGCAGCAGGAGGAGGAGGAAGGAUGUCUGCUGGAGGAGGAAGGAUGUCUGCUGGAGGAGGAAGGAUGUCUGCUGGAGGAGGAAGGAUGUCUGCUGGAGGAGGAAGGAUGUCUGAUGGAGGAGGAAGGAUGUCUGAUGGAGGAGGAAGGAUGUCUGCUGGAGGAGGAACAAUGUCUGCUGGAGGAGGAAUGUUUGAAAGAGCUAUUGAAAAGAUUUUGGGAGUAGCAGCCGCCAUUGCGGUUGCAGCUAUAAUUCUUAUGCGGUAG